ACGCACGGGGAAGUGGCCGCACUCAGCUUUGCAUAGCAAUGCACAGCUUUGCAUAACCAAUACAGGCAGGCAUUUAAAGGCGUCGUCGCCUCCACGAACCUUGUAGUUAACCCGGUGGGGACCCACCCUUUGUGAUGAACCCCCUGAUGCAGGCUCCUCUCCUCAUCUCCCUGGGCUUGCUUCUCGCCGGCCCAGCGGCUGCUACACGCAUCUUCUCGAACCAGCUCUUCCAGCUCGGUAGCUUUUCCUGGGAUAACUGCGAUGAGGGGAAGGACCCUGUGGUGAUCAACAGCCUGACUGUGGAACCUGACCCCAUUGUCAUUCCUGGGAACAUGACCGUCAGUGCUGAGGUCAGGACCACUGCGUACCUCAAAGAUCCUCUGAAGGUGGUACUAACUCUGGAGAAGGAAGUGGCUGGCUUUUGGGUCAAAGUCCCAUGUAUGGAGCAAGUUGGCAGCUGCACCUACGAGAACUUCUGUAAUGUGCUUGAAGUGUUAAUUCCCCAUGAGAAUCCCUGCCCAGAACCCCUGCACACCUAUGGGCUUCCCUGUCACUGUCCCUUCAAACAAGGUACCUACUCACUGCCCAAGUCUGACUUCUUCCUGCCUGACCUGGAGCUGCCCAGCUGGCUCAGCAGUGGGAACUACCGCUCGAAGAUCAUCCUAAGCAUCAACGGGAAGCAUCUGGGCUGUGUCAAAAUCUCCGCCUCCCUAAAGAGCAAAUAAGGUGGCACCUGCCACAGCAGAAUGAAGGGGAUGUGAGGAAGGCAUCCUCUUCUUUUGUUGGCCAAGGCCAGAUUCUACUCUCUGUCCUUUCUCAAGCCCCCUUCUACAAUGAUGACACUCCCCCGCUGAAAGUCAUUUUAUGCCACCUACAGAAUUUUUUUUUUUUUUUUUCGGUAUGCAGGCCUCUCACUGUUGUGGCCUCUCCCGUUGUGGAGCACAGGCUCCGGAUGCUGCACAGGAUCAGCGGCCAUGGCUCACGGGCCUAACCGCUCCACGGCAUGUGGGAUCUUCCCGGACCGGGACACGAACCCGUGUCCCCUGCAUUGGCAGGCGGAUUCUCAACCACUGCACCACCAGGGAAGCCCCCACCUACAAAAUUUUUAGGUGUGGGCCAGCAGCCCUAACCUAAAGGAGGAUGAGCCUGGUGGUUUUUGACAGCCCAGGACAUCUACUGGGCUGGCCACUGCAUUUUCCUCCUCACCCCCAUGGCUUUCUCCCUAAGAGCUCAACUCAUUUUCUAAACGGUCAAGGAAGGGGGCUAACACGUUUUGUGACCCCACGUUCAGGCUGACCCAGUCUUGGUCUCCUGAAGUACCUUUAUGAUUUUUCUCAUUGAUUUUUUGUGUGCGUCGCUGACCUAAAAGCAGAGUGAGAGUACUAACAGUUUUCAUUUUACUCCCACCCCCUUUUACAACGAAGGGUCUGAAGGAGUCGAUCUCAGUCUGUUCCUCCAUCAACGUCUAUGAUUUAGUGUUCUUUUCUAGACUUGCCCAGUUAACAGUGGGGCACAGUGUAUCCUGGAGAGGCAGGGCAUGUGAUGGGAGAGAGAUCUGAGAAUGCUCUAUGUGUUUAAGACAGUCUGCGAACUCAGGUAUCUGCAGGGCAAAGCGCAAGACAUCAGUAAGUGAUGAGGACCACGAGGAACGUGUUGUUUGCGGGCACAUCUUCCACUUUUUCCUUUGUAUAACAUAACUGAUCCGAGGCAGCUGCUGCCCAGUCUCGAGCUGGGGGUAUAGUCAGGGAUGUGGGGACUGGGGUGAGUUGGGAAGGGCAAAUCUGGUCCGUAGGGACAGCUGCUAUCUAGCUAUAGCCAGUGAGUACCACAGGAGAGUAUGGGCCCAGCAUUGCCAAAUAUUCUCAAUAUCUUUUUCCCUCGAGAAGCCAGAAAUCCAGACUUUUAUAUGAAAUCAAUUUUUAAAUAUUGGCAACAAAUUAUUUUUUUAAAUACUGAGCAGGCAGAAGGGGCCAAACAGACUUGUCACUGGGGAAAUCUGGUUGGCUCAUGGGUGGCCAGUUCAUGGCCUUGGAUAUAAGAAUAUGCAUGCCUUGUCCUUUUAACCUUGAGACAACUCCUCCACCACUGUGUCUCCCUCCAUCGGGUCAAAGCCAUAGUGCCUGACCCUAGAAUGCUCCUCCAGUGCUGGGGGAGUAGAGGCGGCCUCAGAGCUGUGAGCUCAGGGAUCACGAGGCUGCCUGCCCUGGCCUUGGAGCACUGUCAGGGUGAGUGGGGCAGAGGAUGAACAGGUGGACCCGCCAGCAGCCACUCUGUGGAGCAGGGAUCCAGCGAAGAGAGGUGGACUCAUGUCACAUGCUUGGCUUUGUUCACUUUCCUGUCCUCUCAUGACAACUUAAUCACCAAUGACCAGCCCCAUGUUCUGGGCUCACAUGAAGGCUGGAAUGGUAAUAAAUCUUUUUAACUUGAGGAGAAUUC